AUGAUUCCGACAAUCACACAUUUCUGUGUGAUUCUUUUGCAACUUUGUACAACAAUUCGAACCCAAAACAAUGUACCAGUGGGUUGGUUCCUUGAUGAAACAGCGUCAAAUGACACAAACGCAGAAACAUUUGCCAAAGCCUUGGCAGCAGCAGUCAGCUUAACCGAUCAGUUCACUUGGCCAGUUGAUCAACUUAGUUUCCAAUCAGUUUAUGAAAACGUUACUGACACAAAUGUUUACUCCGGUUUUCAUCGUCUUUGCAAUCGAUUAGAAUCCGGUGCGAUUGGUUCUAUUUCGAGUAUUGAUCAUCAGAAGACUCAUCUGCUCGAAUCAUUUAUGACUCGUUUACGUAUCUCCAUGGUUUCAUUAAACUAUUAUAAUUAUAACAAACCAGACAUGAAUCCGCUGAACAAAAUCUAUCACUUAGCAAUGAAAAUUGACCUUUUGCCAGCUUUAUCCGCGUUUAUAAAACGUUAUUCCGUUACGAAAUUGUUCUAUAUCAUUGAAGGCGAAGAAGCGUUCUCGCGUUUUCAAGCCAUGAUGGUCGCACAAGCACGAGAUAAAAGCUAUGACAUCUUAGAUAUUCAAGUUCGACGUUUAACAGAUACUAGUAAUCCGAAUCAUACGAGAAAUCUGCUACAAAGUGUGGAAAUCAAAGAUCGAGGCUCGAAAGAAGAACGCUACAUUGUCUUGGAUUUGAAUUAUAUCAAAAGUUACAUUAAUCUACUGACACAAAUUCGGCAUCAUGGAAUGACAACGCCUCAUUACCAUUAUAUUCUAAUGAGUCUUGAAGCUGAUCGAAUCGAUAUGAGCUUUUUUCGUUAUGGUGGUGUUAAUGUGACAUACUUUCUUCCGAAAUCCUCAAAUCGAAUGGAUCCAUCGAUAAAUCCUGCUACACAAGAUCGAUUUUCUCUGCCAUCGUUCGAAAAGAAAGCUCUGGCUGAUUCCUUGUCAUUGUACAUGCGAGCUUUGAUGAUGCUAGACGAAGAUACACGGACUAAAAUUAUUCAGCCAGAUAGUAAUGAUGAAAAUUACGAUCAUUUAAAGAUCAAUUGUCGCGCAGCUGAUAAACAUUAUCAACAUGAAGAUUUCAGUGAAAAAUUAGCGACAAUCAUGCGAUCGCUCUCCUUCGAAGGCUAUACAGGUCAGAUAACAUUUAAUGAGCGUGGUGAACGAGUUAAUUAUACACUACAUGUUUAUCAAGUCACAAUGAACAAAUUACCGAAAAAUGUCGGAAAUUUUACUCAUGAUCAAAUGGCGAUGGAUGAUUUGAAAGUUUUCGAAGGCCGACAAGCACAUGAUUUUGACAAAGGACGGGAACGAAUUAUCACUACAAUUAUUGACGAACCAUUCACGAUGUUGAAUCGAACAGUGCUUGGUAAUAUGACGGUUGCUGAAGCAGCCGAUAAGUAUUUUACUUUCGACCAAUUGUAUGGCUAUUGCGUUGAUUUGGCACGUUUAAUCUGCGAAAAGAAACUUGAAAUACGUUGUAAAUUUCGCAUUGUAAAAGAUCAUUCGUUUGGUAAUAAGCCAGCCAGUGAUCAACCAUGGACGGGAAUUAUCGGAGAGUUAGUUCGACAUGAAGCAGAUCUUGCUGUUGCACCGCUGACGAUCACAAGUGAACGAGAGAGUGUCGUCGAUUUUAGCAAACCAUGGAUGAAUCUGGGUAUUAGUAUACUGAUAAGUAAACCAGAAAAGCAACCUCCCGGCGUGUUUUCGUUUAUGGCUCCUCUGUCAAAAGAAAUCUGGAUGUGUGUAACAUUUGCAUAUAUUGGUGUUAGUGUUAUUCUAUUUCUCGUCUCACGAUUCUCACCAUACGAAUGGAGUAUCGAGGACGAAGUUACUCCGCAGCUAUCGAAUAAAUUCUCAAUCUUAAACACGUUAUUCUUUGCCUUAGCUGCUUUCAUGCAACAAGGCGUUGAUUUCAUACCCAGAUCCAUAUCUGGCCGACUAGUUGCCAGUGUUUGGUGGUAUUUUUCAAUGAUUCUUGUCUCGUCAUACACUGCUAAUUUAGGUAAUGCUUCGUUCAAUCUGAUGAAAUCUAUAGAAUAUAGAAUAUUUCUAGCUGCUUUUCUCACCGUCGAACGUAUGGUUACUCCAAUCGAGAGUGUGGAAGAUUUAGCUCGCCAGACUGAAAUCAAGUAUGGAGUCUUACGCGGUGGAGCUACCCAACAUUUUUUCGAUAAAUCUGACGUUAAAACUUAUCAACGUAUGUGGGCUUACAUGCAACAGAGUGAUGAUGUGCUCGUAUCUAGUAACGAAGAAGGUAUCAAUAAAGUCAGAAAAAGUAAAGGAAAGUACGCGUUUUUACUCGAAUCAACGAAAAAUGAGUAUACCAAUGAACGUGCUCCAUGUGAUACAAUGAAAAUCGGCUCUAACCUCGAUUCGAAAGGCUACGGUAUCGCUACACCAGUUGGUUCAGAACUACGAGAGGCAAUCAACAUAGCUGUGCUAGAAAUGAGCGAAGAUGGUACGUUAAAUAAUCUCAAACGACAAUGGUGGUACAACCAGUCGGAAUGUCGUAGUAAUGCGACGAAAGAAUCCAAACAGAGUAAUGCACUUAAUCUUGUUAAUGUUGCCGGUAUAUUUUAUAUACUAAUCGGCGGAUUAGCAUUGGCAAUUACGAUUGCGGUAUUAGAGUUCUUCAUCAAAGCAAAUAUUGAAGCAAAACAAACGAAGCAUAACUUUCUCGAUGUUAUGAAGAGAAAUAUGAGACUGAGUAUUGCUGGUGUUGAUCUCGAAGAGAAACCAUCGGAUAUCUACAUGUACAAAUAUCCUAUACAAGAAAAUUAUCAUAGUUCCGAUCCAUUAUUCGAUGACCACACUCGUGUCCAGAACAAUAAUCACAUCAAUGGAAACCAAAGUCAAGUUUAA